UUAUAAACUAACAAAAUAAUUUAUAAACUAACUUAUUUGUCAACAAAACAUAACUAUAACUAUUAACUAUAAGCUCUUUAUAAACUAUCAGCUAUCACCUAUGUUUACCAAGCAUAGCACUAUAUAUUAUCGCCCGGCCCAUAAGAAUAAUCGGAUCUUGAAGCCAAAUGAAAAGAUUUUCAAUAUACCUGCUCGAGCUCUGAUUGAAACUCACAUGGCAUAUAUUACAUCUUCCUUAGUUCCAUUACAUCCUAAAUUCGAAUCAUUAUUAACAGUAUAGUGUUCAGAUUUUAAGAAGGUUCCGAACAAAUGAGCUUCUCAAAAUUCAGUUUUUUGUUGUUCUUAGUACUGUUUUCGGCUUCUAAAUCGGUAGCGGAAGAGGAGAAAGUAGAAAAACCGAAUGAGUUUUUUACGGAGGCGUUGCUGUUGAGACCGCUGCCAGAUCGAAAAGUGUUGGCUCAUUUCCAUUUUCAGAGCAGCGUGCCUCCGGCUCGAGCCUAUGGCCGCCACCAUUACAUCUUCCCCAAAUCCAUUUAUCAGCUGGUCAAAAAAUUUCAAAUUCGAGAGAUGGAGCUUUCGUUCACGCAAGGCCGCUGGAACUACGAAAGGUGGGGAGGGUUUGAUCCGAUCUCAAACAGCAACGCAAAGCCUCCAGGAGUCGAAUUGUGGGCUGAUUUUGAUGUCCCUAAGGAUCAAGUAGAUAUUUCGUGGAAGAACCUCACCCAUGCUCUUUCAGGCCUCUUUUGUGCCUCAAUCAAUUUCUUGGACCACUCAACCAGUUACUCUUCACCUCAGUGGAGCUUCCGUCCCAUCUCAGGCAAAUUACGUUACGGCACUUUGCCUCGCGAAGCCGUUUGCACUGAAAAUCUCACGCCGUGGCUGAAGUUGCUUCCUUGCAGGGACAAGGCUGGGCUUUCUUCACUCAUGGACCGGCCUUCCAUUUACAAGGGUUAUUAUCAUUCACAAAGGCUGCAUUUGAGGUCUAAUGAGUUCGAUGUGUCUGAGAUGAAUGCAGGGAUAGUGCUCGUGCAAACACUUACAGUUGUCCUUCAACCAAACACAGUUUCGGGAAAAAUAUCACAGCAGCCGAACUGGUCACUCGGCUCGUUAUUCGGCAGGAGAGUUAGUGGAAAAUGCUCGCUUUCUGAUUCUAGUAAUGUGUAUGUCCAAUUUGACAAGAGUUUAGUGUCCGAAGAACAGGUUUUUCUUUAUGAGGUCUCUCAGAAAAACCCUCUGUUUGAACUGUCACUUCCGCCCAAAAGGAUUAUAAAAGAAAUGGGAGAUAUGCAGAAAGGGGGUUCUGUUCUGUAUGAAUUUUCGGUUGAAUCUGAGCCGUUUGAUUUGGGAUUAAAGUGGAAGGUGCCUGUUGUUUGGUCAUGCGAGCAAGCACCUCUACGGGCUAGUAGGUUUUUAUUGGGGAGUGGAAAUGAGAGGGGUUCUAUAGCCAUUUCAAUGAAAUCCGCUGGGAGGAAUAAUGUAGAGAGAGGUAGCUCUGACGAGAGAGAAUGUUUUCUGAGAGUUGGCAUUUUCCAGGUGGUUCCUUGGUAUGUGAAAGUGUAUUAUCACACUCUGGAAUUGUUCUUAGAUGGGGAACCUCAAUCUACUACGGAUAACAUAGAGAAGAUACGUGUUUCACCUUCUGAAGACAAGGUCUCUCCUGGCGUAAUGGAAAUAGAGUUGAGAUUGCCUUGUAGUGUUAAAACUGCUGCAUUGACUUUGGAGUUUGACAAGGGGUUUCUUCACAUAGACGAGUAUCCUCCGGAUGCCAAUCAGGGGUUUGACAUUCCAUCAGCACUAGUACACUUUUCCGACUUCCAAUCAAACAUGAGUUUUGUUGAUAAUUUCUUAAACGAAGUACCCAUAUUGUCAAAUCUACAGAAAAGAACUCCGGUCCUCUCGUACACAGAAGUAUUGCUCGUACCAUUGACAACACCUGAUUUUAGCAUGCCUUAUAACGUUAUAACUAUCACAUGCACCAUUUUCGCUCUAUAUUUUGGAUCCCUGCUUAAUGCCCUUCGAAGGCGAGCCGGUGAGGAAGAAAGGCGUCUUAUGGCAAAGGCAAAAAGAACCGGAGCACUGACCUUGAUGCUAGCAAAACUGUCUGCUAAGUUUCAAGGAAAGAAAUAUGAACCACCAAAAGAGCCAUCAUCUCCAAAAUCCUCAAGAGACUAUAGACUUAUUGCCAAGGUAGUGCUUGUGGCUGGCAUCGCUGCAGCAUGGCAGUAUUAUUAUUACCAAUGACACCGCAAAAAUUGGUGUAUCAGAUUUUUGGUCAGUCUCCUUCACUGCCAGGUGCAGUGGUAUCGAAAGCAUGUGUGAGAUGAACGGAACCAACUUUCAAAUGGACCGAGCUAUGGAGAAGCACAUGGUGGUGAUGACCCCCGAGGCCGAGAAGCUUCGUUUUGAGCUUGCGGAUGCGGAGAAGAAGGCCAUGACCAUGGUCGCGGUUUGGGGUCUUAAUCUGCGUUUUUCAGUAUAUGUUACGUUUAUAUUCAAUACAUUUUUCAGGAUAUGUUGGUUUUUUAUUUACAUAUCACUAUCUAAACAGAAUUGUGAUGUUUGAAUUUUGUUUAUAUUUUUUACUUAAUA